GAAUAGGAACAGUAAUCCGGAUGGAAAUCCGUAAAAGCGCGGUACCAAAGCCGCACGAUAAGCGGGAGACUCUGCUCCAGAUUCAUCAUGAUGCUCGAUUUGAGUCCUUUUAUAAACCAGCAGAAGCACUAUCGCCUGUCAAGCCUUGUGUGUUUUACUAAAUCCACAGAAGAAACUGCAGAGAAUCCAAUUGAUUAGUUUAUAAUACUUACAAAGUACAACAAUGCUGGUUCACGAGUCCUUUGUCGACCUGCCGACCUCGCUCGGCACCACGAUGCGUGUUUACACGUUCACGCCUUUCAUCCCGGGUUAUCCCAAGGCUAAAUUCCCCGGUGUGGUGUGCUAUUCUGAAAUUUACCAGGUUACGGGCCCGGUUGCUCGUUUGGCGAAACAAAUUGCUAGCCAGGGCUUCAUCGUCGCUGCGCCUUCAGUAUACCACAACUUCGUCGGCCCCGAGCCUCUUGCCUACGACACCGCCGGCACAGACGACGGCAACCGCUACAAAGUCGAGAAGCCGGUCGAGUCCUACGACGAAGACGCAAAGCUGACAAUAGACUACCUCACCAGUCUGCCGAUCUGCAACGGCCGCGUCGGCGCCACGGGCAUGUGUCUCGGCGGCCACCUCGCGUUCCGCGCCGCAUUCGACAAGCGCGUCAAGUCCGCUGUCUGCUGGUUCGGGACUGAUAUUCACUCUGGAACGCUGGGACAGGGCGAUGACUCACUUGCGCGCGCGAAGGAUAUUAAGGGAGAGCUGAUUAUGAUUUUUGGAACUCGUGAUCCUCAUGUUCCCGUCGAGGGCCGCGCGCUGAUCCGCGAUACUCUUAACAAAGCUGAUGUUUUCUUCAGCUUCUGGGAGGUCGCUGGUGCUCAGCACGCCUUUGUACGCGACGAAAACUCAAGAGAGCGAUAUGACGCAGCAGUCACCAGGAUCGGAAUGACGAUGCUCAUCGAGCUGUUUAACCGCACCCUCAAGCUUGAUCUCGGCGAGACCGACGGUCUUGAGGUUGAGGUUGCCGAUGUCUGCUAAGUGGCUUUUUGGAUGGUUGGUGUACUACUAGUAAUGCUGGGACGAGUCGAUUUUGGAAAUCAUGAAACUAAGACAGACGUGU